GUGGCGAGAUGAGGAAGGACCUGUCUGAGGCGGGGCGCGCGCGUCAGGAAGAUGGCGCUGCGUCUGCUGUGGAGAGCGCCACGCGGAACGGCGGCGGCGGCGCUGCCGAGGCUGAAACCACUUCUGGCAGCUGAUGUGCCCAGGGUUGGAUACAGUUCCUCCUCCAAUCACAAGUACAUUCCCCGGAGAGCAGUGCUCUAUGUACCUGGAAAUGAUGAAAAGAAAAUAAAGAAGAUUCCCUCCUUGAAUGUAGAUUGUGCGGUGCUCGACUGUGAGGAUGGUGUUGCUAUGAACAAAAAGAAUGAAGCUCGAUCGAGAAUAGUAAAAACUCUUGAAGACUUUGAUCUGGGCCCAACUGAAAAGUGUGUGAGGGUCAACUCGGUGUCCAGCGGUCUGGCCGAAGAAGACCUGGAGAUCCUCCUGCAAUCCCGGGUCCUUCCUUCUAGCCUGAUGCUGCCAAAGGUCGAAGGUCCUGAAGAAAUCCAGUGGUUUUCAGACAAAUUUUCAUUCUACUUAAAAGGCCGAAAACUUGAACAACCUAUGAAUUUAAUCCCUUUUGUGGAAACUGCAAUGGGUUUGCUCAAUUUUAAGACCGUGUGUGAAGAAGCACUAAAGACCGGACCUCAAGUGGGUCUUUUUCUAGAUGCUGUUGUUUUUGGAGGAGAAGACUUUCGAGCCAGCAUAGGUGCAACAAGUGGUAAAGAAGCCCAAGAUAUUCUGUACGCCCGACAAAAGAUUAUUGUUAUAGCGAAGGCCUUCGGUCUGCAGGCCAUAGAUCUGGUGUACAUCGACUUUCGAGACGGAGAGGGGCUCCUCAGGCAGUCCAGGGAAGGAGCCGCAAUGGGGUUUACCGGUAAGCAGGUGAUACACCCUAACCAAAUUGCCGUGGUUCAGGAACAGUUUUCUCCUUCCCCUGAAAAGAUUAAGUGGGCUGAAGAACUGAUCGCUGCCUUUAAAGAACAUCAACAAUUAGGAAAGGGAGCCUUUACUUUCCAAGGGAGUAUGAUCGACAUGCCAUUACUGAAGCAAGCCCAGAACAUUGUUACGCUUGCCACAUCCAUCAAGGAAAAAUGAUCUGUUAAAUGAAGCUCUCAUCAGUACUUGGAAGGCAAUUGAUGGUACAAAACAGGUUAUAAGAUUAUCAGCAGGAUGUUGUGCAUAUUAAUACCGGCGAAGGGCACCGAACCGGUCUGUCACCGCAGAGUUUACGCCCCAGGCUCCGGGACACUGUCCUCCCAGCCCAGAGACCCUCCCCCCGCGAGGUUUCCACAUUGCAAUUUAGGGGGAAAGUGGAGGAAAGUAAUUAACAGAGCGCAACAUUUCAAUGUUAAAACUUCCAUCUUCCUUUCCGCGCUUUAUUUUAAAUCGGGAUAAGGGGUGGGGGGAGGCGCUAACAGCGCACAAAAUGGGAAAUAAAUUACAUUAAAAUACCUUAACUUAGUACCUGAAAUCUUGCGCGGUGGUACCGGGCAGCUUUUUGCUGCCCUGUGACGGGGGAUGGUGGCUGUUGUGGGUGGUAGUUUGUUUACAUUCCAGCAAUUAUGCGGUAGCAUAUUUCCUUCCGAAUCGAUAAGAAUUGCUAAACGACAAAAAGAAAGUGGUGUGUACGAAAGGAACCGAAAUCGUCGUUGGCGCCUUUUGUGGUCAUUUGCUGCCGAUCGGACCCCGUUCCAGCUAAGCAGACUGAAGCCUGCUGCAUUUUUUUUAUUCUAAAUUUUUUUUUCUUUUUUUACAAGUCUUGCAAAAGACCAGGGAUUUGUCGCUCGCGCCCUUCUUUAAUUUUUGUAAGUGAACGGCACGGUUUUAGUGUUUGCUUCUUCCGAUGGGAAAGGCUCGGCGAGCCCGGGCAGCGCGCCCCGUCGGAAGGACGUGCGCCCGCAGGGCCGGCACACGCAGAGUCCGCGUCCCCCGCCUCCCGCGCUUCCCGAGGACGGAGGUCGGCGGGCGGCGUGCGAGGGCACCUGGACGCGGACACUGGCGGCCCCGGAGGCCCCUAGCGCGCCCUCGGGAGGCGCGCCGUCCCUUCCCCGCGGGGCGCAGCCUGGGCCAGGGGAGCCCAGUGGGCCGGGGCUGCGGGCCCCGCUCGUCCGCCCGCCCGCCGCGGGCUGCCCGGAGCCCGCGAGCCUGUCGCGCAGCCCCGCUGUAAUGGUGGCAGAUCAAAGGCUGCCCCGUGUCCCCGCGGAGCCCGGGACAAUCCCGCGCCUUUGUGCGCUGUUGCUAGGAGCCGGAGAAACUAAGGGAAAGUGUCAGGAGCAUGUUAAUCAGACUCGUUACAGUGUAACAAUAACGUCUCUCUCGGGUCUCCCAGGCCCCCAGCACCCCUGGCGCACCCCGCACGCAGGCCGGACACCUGCGCGGGGCCCUCACGCCUGCCCUGGGGACCGGCCGGCCCCUGUGUCCCUCCAGCCCCGAAGUCCGCGGCUGAGCCGGGCGCGAGGACUAGUCCUAGGGGUCCUGCAAGCUCCUGGCACGUCUCCUGGGCCCGGAUCCCCCUUGACCAGAGCCCCUCGCCCUUAGUCUGUCAGGCUCAAAUCCGAUCCAAGGCCAGAGGGACCUGCGGAGAAAUCGGGUCCUCCUGCUUUUCAGUCAUUGAGUUGAAUUUCCCAAGUUUGAUUCAAACACGGUAUAGAAUCAAAAGGAAAAUGAGCGUUACAUUUAGGUUGCUUUUUGGUUGAAUUUCUUCAAAAUACUCUAAAACCAACUUUGCUGAUUUCCCUCUCAAACCCAUAGAGGGUACUGUAAGUGAUAAUCCCGAAUUUAACAAAACAAAACAAAAAAAAAACCUUUCCUGAAAGUACAGAUUUCUCUGAACUUUUUUGAGAGAAUAACUUCAUUCGUUUAUUCAUUCAACAAACAUCUGUUGAGCCUGACUGGGUGCCAAACAGCCAGCUAGUGUAUGAAAGUCCUAGGACUGGUUCCGGAUGCACUUUUCUUUCAAAAUUAAAACGCUCUUGUGUGAAGUCAAAGGAAGAGCAAAGGCGUAAAAUAAUGUCAAAUGCCAAAACAGAAAGUGCCAUUGACUACAGUAGUGAUAGAAACAAGAGAGGUGCGGAUUAAGAAUUUAAAACAUCUG